UUAAUUAUGAAUUUAUUGGUUUUUUUCAUGUGUAGAUUCAUAUUUUCUCUGUUUUAGUCGUUAGUUAGGAUGUUCUUUACAGUCACGAAGGUUACUAUUUUUGCUUACAAUUCUAUAUGGUUUAAAUUUUCUUGCAGAAAAUGAAUAUAGGAAAUAAAGUUUACCUAAAUAACAUUAACGAGAUAGAUAAAAAAUCACAUAUCAAGGUUCGGGUGCUUCAAAUCUGGAACUUUGUCAAAAAUAAUAAAGUUUGUUCAAUUGAAAUGAUCCUGAUGGACGAGGAGGGUACACAAUAUCAUGCUCGUUUCUUCAGUCAGAAUUUCUCCCGAUUUCGUCAUCUUUUAAAGGAAGAUGAAAGUUAUAUAAAUUAUAAAACCCGAUAUGGCUGCUGUUACUAAUGGUUUUAGUUAUACAGGUCAUAAACAUACCUUAACUUUGGAUUGGAAAAGCAUCCUAAAAAAAUGUUAUGAUUUUUCGGGUCCGGUGAAUGGAUUUAUGUUUGUUGAUUUUAAUUAUGUCAUAGAACAAACAUGCCCAAGAGACACAUUCUUUGAUGUUAUUGGACAGAUCGUGUCAUUUAGGCCUCUUGAAACUUCAAAUCCUGUAGCAUCCAAGCAUUAUAUAAAACUCACUCUUAGCAACCUAGAGUAAGAUUAUAUUUUCUAAUUUCUUUAUUAUCUUUAAUUUAUCACAAUUUAAUAUUAAUAACUAAUUUCUUUGUUUAUUUAGUUCUGUACAUCUGAAGGUUACUAUUUUUGGAAGUCAAGCAUAUCAAAUGUUAUAAUACCUAAAAAAAUAACCCGAAGGUUAAUUGUGUUGUUAUAGUGAUGCGGUUUUUGAAGCUAAACAUUUGGAAUGGUUUGUAUUCACUCUUUAUAUGAAUUGGUGAAGCUAAAAGUCAAUUGUUCAUAAAUUCUGACAUUUACAAAAUUAAUGAGUUUAAAAAUAAAUUGAAAUGUCAUGACAAUGUCAGUAUAAUUGAAAAAAACAUAACUACACUUCAAAUUUACUCUUCUUCAUAUACAGAUGACUUUAAAUGCAAUUUUCCAUUAAAGCAGUUUAUGAGAUCACCGAACCACUUAAGGAAAUGAAGUUUUUAUUAGUUGCUUCCAUUGUUAAUAUAAGGCAUAAUCUACCAUGGUAUAUAAUUCCAAUCAAUGUACAAGAUUGUAAUGGCACCAUUGGAUUUACUCUUUUAGACAGAGAAGCAAAGAGGCUGUUAAAUAUAAGUGCAUAUGAGUUGAAAAAGAUACAUGAAGUGGUCGGAGAUAGUGAUAGACUAUUUCCAAUGCAACUUAACGUGUUGAAAAACCGCAAGUUUGGUUUUCUUGUAGAUAUUACAAAAUGCAAUGUCAAAAACUAUAAUAAUAUCUACACAAUUCUCAAAGUUACAGAAGAUAUGUCCAAUGUUUCUGAAUUGGAAAGUAAAAUAGAACUUAUGAGUAUUCAAUCUGUUUCCUUAAAUUAUGUUCCUUUGGAAUCACAUGAUGUUGUACAGCCUGUUCAAAAGGAUGUGAUAUCAAAAAUAGAUGAAAGUUUUACACAUUCAACAGUUGAUAAAUCAACCGCAACAAGUCCUAGCAAAAUAUCAACUGAUUUGAAGCGCAACCUCCAAGAAAUUUAUGACGUUGAUUCUGGAGAUGAUUUAAGUACAACUAAGGCUAAAAGAAAAUCAAUCGGAGAGGAAACUCCACUCUUAAUUCCAAAAUUAGAGAAAUGA